AUGCAUGAUUACUCACCGUUUUCUAAGCAUUUUGAUGAUGGCAUUAUUUUGAUCCUUGUGUAUGUUGAUGAUCUCUUAAUCACUGGGAGUUUUAAAUCUGGGAUUAAGGAAACUAAAGAGUUUUUACACAGUAAAUUCAAGAUAAAGGAUCUUGGUCUGUUAAAGUAUUUCCUAAGAAUUGAAGUGGCAUGUUCUAAAAGGGGUAUUGUCAUGAAGCAAAGAAAGUAUGUUUUAGACUUGUUGUUUGAGACAAGAAUGAGCGGCUGUAGGCCACUGACAAUACCUAUGGCCUCUAAUUUGAGGCUCACUGCAUACGAGGAGGGAAGAAACAAGAAGGAAGAGCUGUUGAAAGACCCUGGGGAGUAUAGGAGACUCAUUGGUAAGUUAAUAUACUUAACAAUGACUCGUCCUGACAUUUCUUUCUUUGUCCAGAGUUUGAGCCAAUUCAUGCAAACUCCAACAAAGGUUCACAUGGCAGCUGCAAAGAAUGUGCUGAGAUAUUUGAAGAAUAACCCAGGACUUAGAAUACUUCUAAGCUCGAGACACAGUACAACAUUGAGGUGCUUCUGUGACUUAGAUUGGGCAGCGUGUCAUACUACAAGGAGGUCAAUUUCUGACUAUUUACUGAAAAUAGGAGACUCCUUAAUCUCCUGGAAGGCAAAGAAGCAAGAAAUUUUCUCUAAGUCAUCGGCUGAAGCUGAAUAUAGAGCACUUAGUGUUGCUGUUUCAGAGGUUAUCUAG